UAUCUUAAACCCUAACUCUCCUCUAAUAAACCUCUCUAUUUUGCUCUCUGCACCAGUAAUGGCGACACAGAUCAUUUCCCGCUCUUUCCUGCACAGACAAACAAUCUUUUCACUUCUCAGCCGCUCCGUCACUCCACUCCCAACACCACCACUCAUCUCUCGCUCUUUCACUCUCAUCCGCCCACUCUCCGCCGCGGUCCACUUCCCUCUGCCGUCCUCUUCUAUCGCCUCCACCCGCUCGUUAUCGACCCGUGCUACCAGGUCUUCGCUUAACGAUCCUUCUCCUAAUUGGUCUAAUAGGCCGCCCAAGGAAACAAUUUUGCUCGACGGCUGUGAUUUCGAGCACUGGCUUGUUGUUAUGGAACCGCCUGUGGGUGAUCCUACCAGAGAUGAAAUUAUUGAUAGCUAUAUCAAAACCCUCGCUGCUGUCGUUGGCAGUGAGGAGGAAGCGAGGAUGAAAAUCUACUCAGUUUCACAUAGAUGCUACUUUGCAUUUGGAGCUCUCGUGUCCGAAGAGCUCUCUUACAAAAUAAAAGAAUUGCCUAGGGUUCGUUGGGUCCUUCCUGAUUCAUACUUGGAUGUUAAGAACAAAAAUUAUGGAGGGGAACCUUUCAUUGAUGGGAAAGCUGUUCCAUAUGAUCCCAAGUACCAUGAGGAAUGGAUAAGAAACAAUGCAAGGGCAAAUGAGAGAAACAAGCGUCCUCGUAACCCUGAUAGGCGUACUACUACUACCUAUGAUAGGAGGAGGGAAGGCAUGCAGAACCGCGAUUUCCAGAAUACCACUCCACCAAUGGGUAACCAAAGCUUCCAGAAUUCUCAAUCCAACAUGGGUAUGCCCAAUCAGGGCAUGCAGAAUACUCCAUCUAACAUGGCUGGAAUGCCACAGAGCAACAUGGGUCGACCAGGUGGGCCACCUCCGCCGCCUCCUAACAACUAUAUGGGUGGACCCUCACCCCCACCACCGAACAACUUUAGGGGUGAGCAGCCACCCCCAUUGCCGAACAACUAUAUGGGUGGACCACCACCCCCACCGCCGAACAACUUUAUGGGUGGACCACCACACUCACCGCCGAACAACUUUAUGGGUGGACCCCCACCACCGAACAAAUUUAUGGAUGGACCCCCACCCCAACUGCCGAACAAUUAUUUGGGUCGUCCACAGAAUAUGGGAGGAAUGCCGCAAAAUAACAUGGGAAGCAUGCCUCCCAACAACAUGGGAGGAAUGCCUCAAAACAACAUGGGAAGCAUGCCUCCCAACAACGCCGGAGGAUUUCAACCAAAUGCAGGAUGGUCCAAUAACAUGGGAGGGAAUAUGCAGCAGAACUAUCAGAAUGUACCGAGUAAUGAAGGCAUAUCUCCACAAGGUGCUCCAUCAAACUACCCCAACUACAAUUCAAACAGGGAUGAGGAUGCACCUGUCAGAAAAUUCUAUUCAGCAUGAUUUUAGAAGCAACUAAGCAUGCACUGUAUAUAUACAAGGAGGAUUCAUCUUGAGUUUUCAUUAAAGGGUAAUGUUCAUUUUUCUUAUGAUAUGGUUUUGGAAGGUAUUAGAUGUUUGCUUCUGAUUGUGUGCACAAUUUCAAGCAUAGAAUCUAAUCUGUAGUGUCCUUUGGCAA